AUGACUGCCGGUCAAAGGCCGGAGCGGGAACAGGAUAUGGUGGCGUGCAUCAACUUGCACACGAUCACGAGGGAGGAAGCGCAGAGGCUCGAGUCGUUGGAACACGCUCUAUUGGGCUACGUGCCACCGAGCGGCUCCCUCGCUGCGCAGGCGCAAGCUGCUGUCGCCCGGCGUGGGGCCCAUCCCGUCACCAAAGGUGCGGUCCUCACCAACCUCACUCUAACUCUAUCAGCGGCAGCGGAUACCAAUCAAUGA